AUGGCUGAAACGAUAUCUACAGAUUAUCUAGUUAUCGGGGCCGGUGCCAUGGGCAUGGCGUUUGUGGACACCCUGCUUUCGGAUACAAAAGCCACUGCGGUCAUCGUGGACAGAUAUGACAGCCCUGGUGGUCACUGGAACGUGGCCUAUCCUUUUGUCCACCUUCACCAGCCAUCCUCUUUCUAUGGAGUUAAUUCCAAGAAGCUGGGAAAUGACCAAAUGGACAAGGUUGGCUUAAACAAAGGCCUGUUGGAGCUUGCCACCUCCCAAGAAGUAGUUGGCUACUAUAGCCAGCUCAUGUACCAGCACUUCUUGCCAAGCGGCAGAGUCACUUACUUUCCCAAAUGCGAAUACACUGGAGACGGCAUGUUUCACUCUGUCAUCACAGCCAAAUCGUUUCAAGUCGGAAAAGAAACUCGCAUUGUUGACGCAACCUUUAUGAAGGUCCGCGUUCCGGCCAUGGGCCCCCCUGCCUACGAGGUCGCGUCUGGCGUGAAUUUGAUUACCCCCAACGAGCUGGCCAGCAUCACCCGAGCCUACGGCAACUACACCGUCGUUGGCGCCGGUAAAACCGGCAUUGAUACCUGUCUCUGGCUGCUCGGCAGGGGCAUCGAGCCGUCCAAUAUUAGCUGGAUUAUGCCGCGUGACUCUUGGCUACUGGAUCGCGAGGCGCUUCAGCCUGGGCCCAUGUUCAGCGAAAGACGCAGACAAGAUCAAAUGGCACGCUUCCAGGCGGCCAUGUCUGCAACGUCGGUGGACGAUCUCUUCAAGCGGCUAGAGUCUGCUGGCCAUUUGAUGCGUCUGUCUGACAAGGUCUGGCCUACAAUGUACCGAUGUGCGACGGUAUCUAUCCAAGAAUUCAAACAACUUGGAAAGAUUGACAGCAUAAUCCGCAUGGGUCGCGUUAUCCGCGUUGGGGACGGCGAGGUCAAGCUGCAGGGGGGCACGUACAAGGCGAAACCAGAUACUCUUUAUAUCAACUGCACGGCCGACGGAGCCGCCAAGCUUUUGCCUGUCCCUGUUUUUGACGGCAACAAGAUUACGCUUCAGCCAGUCCGGACCUGCCAGCAGGUGUUUAGUUCGGCCUUCAUCGCACACAUCGAAGCUACGUAUAAUGACGAUAAUUUGAAGAAUGAAAUGUGCCGGCCGAUUCCUCUCCCCUACGAGACGGUGGACUGGAUAAAAACUGCGAUACUAAACACGGGGAAUAGAAGAAUAUGGAACUCGAAGCCAGCAACCGUGGCGUGGCUGCUCCAGGCCCGCCUCAACUUGGAUAUGCACAAUGCCCCCGAGGAUCCGGCGGAGCGGGCGGCAGUCGAAAAACAAAAAGACGAAAUGGGGGAGGCAGUGGCCCAAAGAUUGAUGGAGCUUGUUGGCACCAAGGGCCAUGCCGCCUAG